UCCUGUGAAAACCGUUUUGAAAAGGGACGAUUGAGAGGCGAGCAAGAUCUUUUAAGCGAGCAGCUUCAGACGCCGUUGUUCUCUUGUGCUCUGCAUCUCACGCGUUGGAUACAUUUUUUUUUAUAAAAACUUGCGUGCCGUUGUAGUUUACACAGGACUGUCGGGAAAUGCACAUUGAUAUACCUUUAUUCUGUUUAUUUUGAUAGGUGACAGUCUAUCACGCUGCGCGUGUUCUUAAAGAGAAAGACAGUCUUUUCAGCUUGCUACUAUAAAUUGCUAUUUUUCUGCAUCAAACUAGUGAAACUUCUGCCAAGAUACAUUCAGAGAUGAUAGGCAAGAUGUUAUAGAAUAAUAAUUUAAUGAAAACCCAAUUUUGUCAAAAAACUGACAUUCAAUCUAAUUUUAGACCUUACUGAAAACGUACCUGAGCAACAUCUGAUGGGUUUUCCCAGAUAUUGUCACAUAUGGAUUCAACCGUACUGGACUAAGGAAACUGCUUUGGUGAUAGAGUCCAUCCUUGCUGAGUUCCAGGGACCAGCCGGCCUUGACAUCGAUGGCAUUCACCUGUUCAAGUCGCCAGAGGCAGUCGACGCUCACUGGGUAGUUGCGAGCAAGCACCUCAGUUGCAUGCAGGAUCCCCCUGGCAUACCGCUGUAUGUGUCUGUGAAGGUGGUGGUCAUGAACGGCGUCCGACUGAACAAGCACAAGUGCCGGCGUGGCAGCAACUCUCUGGAGGGGUUGCACGCCCACCUGUUCAACGCCGUCCCUUCACAGCGAUGUGGAAUUAUGCCAUUCCAAGUAUACUUGGUGUCCUUUGCCAUGCAGUGGAACCACCACAUGGCAUCGCUCAGUGUCGCUGGUGGUCAUGGCCGGCAGACGUCGUGCUUGGACGCGCGGCAGAUCCAGCGCGUCAACCAGCAGGCUGAGGUUCUCUUCGGCAAGGAGCACGUCCUGGAGCCCAACUUUGCUGCACCGAUGCCGGUCCCUGAAGCGUACGAGCACCCCGACGAGGAGGAGCUCCUUGGUGUCGAGUACGCCAUGUGCCAGUCCACCAGCUUCACUGCCAGGGACUACUACGUGCAGAAAGUUGAGGAAGAGCAGUCGCGUGAGGAGGAGGAGGAGGACGACGAUGAGUCGGCUGAGCAAGAAGACGACGAGAUGGCGGAUGAGGGUCUCGGCAUGUCUUCUGAUACAGAGGAGGACCCGAUAGACAGAGUCUGUGGCAAGCACGUCGUCCUCACACAGGCAGAACAGGUGGAAGAGGAGGACAGUCCUGCCCUGCAAGAUGUGCUGAUGAGACAUCGACAUCUGCAUCUGCCAGGUAUAGAGGAAGUGGAGGCACUGGCAUUGCUCCUCCUAGAACUGGCCGACAACAGCGACCACCACUUAGUGCCGGCUGACCUCAGGCAGAAGAUCGCCGCCGCCGCCAGCUCUCUCCACGACCACGACAAGACCGCGGCCCGCUUCGUCAAGCAGUACGAGUCCAGGUGGGGUUACACCUUGUUCGGUCGGUGCCUUGGGGCGGACUCUCCCGAGACCAGAGCAGCCCAGAAGACCAAGUUUGGCUGCAUGAGGUACGCUCCGGCGGCACAGGUGACCGAGGACAGUCGCUUGCUCUACCUCCUCCUCAAGAUGCUGAAGAACCGAGCGCCGGCCAAUCAGCUCACCUCCCCCAGCAAGGUCACGGCUUCUUUGAAGGGACAGUAUAAGAGGAUUGCAGACCGAGUUCAAGACGACCCCAUCCUCAGCGGUCUCGCCAUUCCACUGCCCAACUUGAACGCCAAGUCCAUCUCGACCUUCGCUGCCAGGGAGGAGAAAAAGGCCAACUACGGGGCGACGGUACUGCCGAAGGUGACGCCUCACCUGAAAGUGCUGUCGGACGCACCGUUCCCGGAAGCUCCUGCGCUACCAACAUCCCUCCCACCGCCAGACCGGCCUCAGGUCCAGUACCAGCACGUUCAUCACGAGGCUGGAAAAAGGCGUGGUGAGAAGCGGAGAUUAUUUGAUGAAGAGCCAGAGCCUGUGCCUCCUGUGGACUGGCCCGUUCAGCCCACAGCGUCGUCCUCCUCCACUCGGCCAAGGCCUGCUGCGUCCACCCACCUCCAGCCAAGGCCUGCUGCGUCCACCCACCUCCAGCCAAGGCCUGCUGCGUCCACCCACCUCCAGCCAAGGCCUGCUGCGUCCACCUAUGGACCACCCCCUGUGUCGGCAGCACCCAUACUGCUGGUUCUCCCCGCACAGCCACUGGCUCCCUCUGUCCUGUUUCGUGGGCCAUCGUGCAGCCAGAGCUUUGUACCUCCUGCACCAACAGUCAAGGCAUUCAUGCCGAACAAGUCCUCGUGGCCAUGUGGGGCUUGCCACGUGCCUAAUUGUGGUGGACAGCGGAAGAGGUACACACCUUCCAAGGACAAAAUGGCAGAAAGCACCCAGAAGAUAUUUUCCUUCUGUCCAUCCACUAAGAAAUCCACCACCUCUGGGUUUGACAAUGUGGUGUACGACAGCUUUGAACACUUUAAAAGUGUGGUGGAUGUUGAGUUGGAAAAGAGGAGAACUGUGUAAAUAACUGUGUAAAUAACGUACCUGUGUGAUGCCACUUCUCCUGUGCCAUCUGUAGGAGAGAGAAAGAGGCUUGUUUGUUUAUUAGAUUGUACUUGAAGCACUUUGUAACACAAUCAAACAAACAAACAAUUUAUUUAUAUAGUUCAAAAGUUCAAAAAAUGCACUUUCCAGUUUUACUUUAGAAUGUUCUUGUUUGUUUUUUAUUAUUAUUUAUGUUGCUCUUAAAAUGCACUUUGUAGUAUCUUUUUUUUUUUUUAUACAAACAUGUUCUGGCCUAUGUUCAAUAUCAAGGCCAAUCUAACCUCAAUCAUUUUAGCCUUAAUCAGUUCUGAUCUAACACAAUCAGUUUUCAUAACCCUUAAGUGAUUGUUCAUGUUCAGAUAAUCUGUGUCUUUGUCUGCUUCAUGUUUAACAAAAAUUUGCCAAAGAAAACACUUUAUUUGUUGAUUAGUGACCUGAGUCUUUGGAUAAUCCUGUUCUUUAUUGGGCUUGGGCCUGUACAAAUCAAAAGUUUGUGUUUUUAAUUGUUUUUGAUUAUUAUUAAUGUUAUUUAUGUGUGCGUGUCCUUGUGAUGUUUGUAUAUCUGUCAGCUUCCAUGUUUAACAAAAUGUUUGCAAAUGGUAGUAAAUGUUUGUCUCUCGUGUUCUCGCUCGUAGAUCUGUACCUUGUUGUGGUGAGCGAGCUUUAAACCAAACAGAUCUUGUUUACUUGUGUUUCCAUGCAUUGCCUUUUAAAUGAAACACAAUCUGGGUGAAAAAUAAAAGUUGUAAAACUAUUUCAAGUAUUUUGGAGUCUCUGAA